AAAAAAAAUGCAACUCUCUUCACUGCUCGUUGCCGUCGCAUUGAUGAUUGCGUUGAUGAUUUGCGGAUCAUCGGCUGAUGCAUCAUCAUCGGAGAGAGUUUUUUUAUUAAAGAGAGAUCCAGUAUCCAUGCUCUCUAGAAAACAAUCCAAUAAGUCUACAAGAAUGGCCUCUGCACUUCCACCAUACAAGACUUUAUAUUUCGAUCAAAAAUUGGAUCAUUUUGAUUUUACCAAUGACAAGACUUUUAAACAACGUUAUUUGGUUUGUGAUUCCUUUGUUGGAAAGAUGACACCAUCUACUCCUAUCUUUUUCUAUACUGGUAAUGAGGGAGAUAUUGUGACUUUUUAUGAAAAUACUGGAUUGAUGUUUGACACUGCUCCACAAUUCAAUGCCUUGAUUAUUUUUGUUGAACAUCGUUAUUAUGGUGUCAGUAAUCCUUUUGGACCUGUUAAUUCAUUCACUCCUGAGAAUAUCAAGUGGUUGAGCAGUGAACAAGCUCUUGCUGAUUAUUCUUAUUUCAUUACUGAAAUGUUUGGAUUGGAUGAAAAGAGAACUAACCCAGUUAUUGCCUUUGGAGGAUCUUAUGGUGGUAUGCUGAGUAGUUGGUGGCGUAUGAAGUACCCUCACAUUGUGGACGGUGCUAUUGCUGCUAGUGCUCCAAUCUUCCAAUUCACUGGUUUGACUGCUCCAAAUGUUUACAAUCAAAUUUGUACUGAAGAUUUCAAAAAGUCAAGCAAUUUGGCCAAGUACCAUGAAACUUGUGACGCUGUCAUUAAGAAUGGUUUGAGCAUUUUGAAUCAAUACUAUCAAAACAAUAAUCCUCAAAUUUUGCAAAAGCUCUCUUCUCAAUUCAGGAUUUGUUCACCUGGUAUUAGAACUUCAGCAGAUGUAAAUCAAUUGAUCAGUUGGUUGACUCAAGCUUACAAUACCUUGCCAAUGAUUGAUUAUCCAUAUCCAGCCAACUUUUUAAUGCCUCUCCCAGGUUAUCCAAUUCAAGUUAUUUGUGACAGAAUUAGUACCAUUAUGGCUUCUGAAAAGGUCACUACUGAUACCUAUCUUAAGGCUGUUUUGGAAGGUGCCAAUGUUUAUUAUAAUUAUACUGGAACUAGUACUUGUAAUAAUUUGACUCAACCAGAUUCUCCAAGUUUGGGUGAUGACGGAUGGGAAUAUCAAACAUGUAAUGAAAUGGUCAUGCCAAUUGGUAAUUAUCCUCAAACUGACAUGUUCAUUCCUGCUCCUUGGGAUCUCCAAGCAUGGAUUUCUUAUUGUCAACAAAAGUGGAAGGUUACUCCAAGAACCAACUGGGCUAUUACUAACUAUGGUGGUAAGAGAGCUAUUUUGGAAGCUACUAAUAUUGUCUUUUCAAAUGGUGAUUUGGAUCCAUGGCAUGGUGGUGGCGUUUUGCCAGGAAUGAAAGUUAAUGAAAAGGUUAAGGUUGUUUACAUUGAAGGUGGUGCUCACCAUUUGGAUCUCAGAAGUUCAAAUCCUUUGGACCCACAAAGUGUCAGAUUGGCCAGAGCUUUGGAAGUUAAGGAAAUUACCGCUUGGCUCAAUGAAUUCUCUGCCAAGAGAGGCCUCAAAAUGAAAUAUUAACUUAUUUCUUAAUUUAUCUAUUUAUCUAAAUAAUAAUAACAACUUGUUAUUGAACAUUUAAAC